AUGGUGCGCUUCAUCAACGACUCGCGAGCCCGACCGACAUGCAGCUCUCCCUUAGUCGUCAUUGGGGCCGGUUUACCCCGAACAGCAACCUCUUCUUUGCAAGCAGCUCUCGAGGAGCUCGGUUACGACCCAUGUCUUCAUAUGGCGCAAGUCAUUCCACAUGCCGACCGAAUGGAGACCCUCAUCGAAGCCACCCGAGAAAAAGAUACCCAGCGACGACAACAUCUCAUCCAUCGACUAGUGAACGGCUACGAGAUGGUUUGCGAUAUGCCUGCCGUCUUCUUCCUGGCUGACUUGAUGGACAUGUAUCCAAAGGCAAAGGUCGUCUUGACUACGCGCCCGAAUGCUGAGACAUGGGCAACGAGCUGCCGUGCCAGUUUGGGGUUCUUCUUUACUCGGCCGUUCUACUGGGUCGGACUUCUGCGGAAGUGUGACAGACUGUGGUACCAGCAGAACAUGUACAUUCUGGAGUGGUCCCAGGAAACUUACGGGGUGGGCGAUGUCUUCACGGCUUCUAUGUACGAGAAGUACAAUGAAUCGGUCAGGCAGAUCGCUAAAGAACGAGGCCGCGAGAUCUUGGAGUUCAAAGCGGAGGAUGGGUGGAAACCGCUGUGCAAAUUCUUGAAAAAGGAUGUCCCCGGGUCGGAUUUUCCAAGGGUCAACGAGAAGAAGGCAUUGACCAUAGUCAAGGGGAUCAUUCUCACCAGAGGGCUACUAAGCUGGGCCGCGGUAGGGGGAACUUUAUGGCUUUGUUGGAAAUACCUUCCCGGCCUCUUCGAAUAA